AUGAAUGAAAACUUUCAAAUAUGGGCAGUACAAACCUUCGUUGCGAAGCAGCCCUACUUGCUUUUGCGGCAGAAAGUGAGUCUUCCCGCGGGCGCGCUGCCCACAGAUGGCGCAGUGGUGGGUCUCAGCAGCGCCCGGCGCCGCGCCGCGCUGGGCGGGGGCGGUCGCCGUGAACCGGCUUACGCACUGGUGCUCUCGGCGGCGGGCGCGGCGGGCGCAGCGGCGCGCGCGAAUGCGCGUAUGUCUGGGCGAGGUCUUGAAUUAAGCGAGGGCGAGGGCGAGGGCGAGGGCGAGGGCGAGGGCGAGGGCGAGGGCGAGGGCGAGGGCGAGGGCGUGGACGAGAGCGUGGACGAGAGCGUGGACAAGAGCGUGGGCGUGGGCGGGCAGCGCUGCAGGUGGCGCGCGCCGGCGCGGAAGCGGCUGCGUCCGCAACGCGUGGUCAGCGGGCAGGCGGCCAUUAUUUAA